GGGAGUUACGGCUGCUGUUUAGCUUUUAUCUGUGACCUCAAAUAAUGGACAACAGGAAUUUCCAGGCUGUUAAAUUCUUUGAAUGACUGAAGAUAUGGGAUUGCAGUGCUGAUAAAUGCAGGUGGAAAGGAAUGUAAACAGCCAUACAUACGGAAGUAGUCAACCAAAUUGCCUUGAUUGGAACCAUUGUUCACCCACACUUUCAACAUCAGCAACAAGGAGGUUUCAAGAUCAUCAUGCCUACUAGAGGUCUAGAAGAUGCAGAUCGGUGCAUUGUUGAGCAAGGGGUGAAAAUAACUUUUCCUUAGUGGAUCAGCGAAUAUCAUUCUGGAUCAUUCUGCCUCUCAACAAUUAGUAACAGUGGAAAAUGUUCAAAUGCCAUAACAAGUCUUUGCAAAUGUUUAAUAAACUGUUUGGGAAAGUUCCUGCCAUGAACAGAACUGUGUGAUAAUUAACAUUACCAUAGAGACACAAAUCUAAUGCCUAUAGACUACUACGUGGGAAGUUCCAAAGAGAAAGAGAAGUCUGUGAACUUGCAACAGUCCUGGAAACAUGGGAGCAACGAAACUUUAAAAAGCACAGCAUUGGACACACUCCAUGUGUCAGCACAGCUUUCAAGUGAACUAGUACUUAAGACCUUGUGUAACAAAAUGGACUCUGGGGACACAGCUAUAGGGCAAAAAGCUACCUCAAGGUCUGGAGAAACUGCUAAAGUACCCAGUAGAUGGAGGCAAGACGAUUCAGCUGUUAUUAAGAUGAGCACUUUUGGCAACCAAGAUGUACAGAGGCAACCACAAAUAGAUCACGAGCAAAUUAGAAACACUGCAUCAGCACAACUUUUUAGUUCUGGGAAAUUGGUAUCAUCAAGUGAAGCUGCACAGCAAGUCACAGAGGAGCAAUAUCCACAACAUCGGCCAAGUCCUUACUCUUGUCAGCAUUCACUUUCUUUUCCACAGCAUUCAUUGCCACAAGGGUACUUGCACAACAUAAAGCCACAUCAGAGCUUGGAAAGCCACACAUGGCAGUUUCCUGGCCACUUGCAGUCUGUUGCUUCAGAAGACUUAUUUCCUUUUCAUAUUCAUGGCCAUAGUGGAGGUUUCUCUAGAAAGAAGAUUUCAAGUUUGAACCCUGCUUAUAGCCAAUAUUCACAGAAAUCAGUAGAACAAUCAGAAGAUGCUCACAAAAAAGAGCACAAACCCAAAAAACCUGGCAAAUACAUUUGUCCUUACUGUAACAGGGCUUGUGCCAAACCUAGUGUACUUAAAAAACAUAUUAGAUCCCACACUGGGGAACGGCCAUACCCUUGUGUUCCUUGCGGUUUCUCUUUUAAGACAAAGAGCAAUUUGUACAAGCACAGGAAAUCACAUGCCCAUGCAAUUAAAGCAGGCUUAGUACCUUUCACAGAAUCAGCUGUAUCUAAGUUGGACCUGGAUGCCAGUUUUAUUGAUGUGGAGCCGGAAAUACAUUCAGAUUGUGAGCAGAGCACAGACACAGAUGAGGAGGCCUUGCUUGUUGAAGGUUCGGACAAACUGAGCCCAGUACCCCCGGUCCCACUGGACGUUGCUGCUCGAGGUAGCUUUCACUCCUCCAUGGAAGAAUCAUUGAGCAGCCCCAUGAAGGUUCCCAUUUUGAUUAUCCCUAAAAGUGGGAUUCAGGUACCCAGUGAAAGUUCCCCAUAUGUUGGGUCAGACAUGUUGCAAAACCCAGCCUUAUGUACCAGGUCUGAUGACUCUCAUACCGUUAAACAGCGACUUGCACUAAGACUUUCAGAGAAAAAGGGACAAGAUUCUGAGCAGUCCUUGAAUCUUUUGAGCCCACAUAGCAAAGGAAGCACUGAUUCUGGUUACUUUUCUCGCUCAGAAAGUGCAGAGCAGCAAGUAAGCCCUCCAAAUACUAAUGCAAAGUCUUAUGAAGAAAUAAUCUUUGGGAAGUUCUACAGGAUUAAUCAAAGGGCAGCACUAACAGUAGCAACAAGCAAUCAAGAACAUAGUUUAAUGGGUAGAAAGGGCAAAGCAGAGCCACUAUCUCUUGGAAGCAACAGGUUAGACAUCAAGAUGCUUGAAGAACAUAUUUCUCAGCUGCCUCCAAAUAAAGAAGAGCUCCUUGAUGCUAGUCAGCUCAGCACUAUUAAAUCUAACCAGGUCUUUGGUGUCAGCAACACAGAAUCCAAACAAUCUCAGACUACGACAUCAUCUAUUAAAAGUGAAGCAACUCUGUACCCAGUAAGCCAGCAGGCUGGCACCCCUGGACUACUAGAACCCCCUAUAGACACUUCUCCACUCAUUAGAAGCAACUCCAUGCCAACCUCUUCUGCAACCAAUUUAAGUAUUCCCCCUUCUUUGAGAGGAAGCCAUUCAUUUGAUGAGAGAAUGACAGGUUCAGAUGAUGUAUUUUAUCCUGGGACAGUAGGGAUAUCCCAUCAACGGAUGUUAAGAAGACAGGCUGCAUUUGAACUACCCUCAGUGCAGGAGGGGCACUCAGAUGCAGAUUACCAUGGAAGAGCAGGAAAAAAUAUCAUUGUUGCUUCCAGCAGAUUGACAGUAGGAGAAAAAGGACCGUCCUUAAAAGAGAAGAAGUUGACAUCUGGAGAGAAGACCUUCUAUGACUAUGACACCUGUGGAAAGCAUUACAGAAAAUGGGAAGAAUUUGAAGCUCAGAAGCAGAGCUAUCGAGACUCACCAUCUUUGGGAGGAAUAAAGCAAGGAGGAGAGUAUUUUGUUGAUUCACUUGGACAGUCUCAGGUCGUGCCAUCCAUAUACGGAACCACAUUUGAAAACCGAAAACGCAGAAAAGAGAAGAGUGUAGGUGACGAAGAAGAUAUUCCUAUGCUUUGCAGCAGUUCUACUGGCACUUCGGUGGGAAUGCAGCCUUCAGAUUAUGAUCCCAAACUCCAAAUGCAGGAAGUGUCAAGAAGCGGAUAUGUCCUUCAAGGUCUUGACAGUGCUGUGCAUUGUCACUCAGACCGUUUUGAAAUUGGUAGACCUCACCUACAGUCAGGAAGCCCAGCAGCUUCCCUAGAAGAACCAUCUUUACCCACAGAACAAGAAAAGUGUGCAGAAUCACUGAACAGGAAACUGCCUGGAAAUGUCAUCUCUGUCAUUCAGCACACAAAUUCCUUGAGCAGGCCAAACUCAUUUGAGAGGUCUGAAUCUACAGAACACGUUGCCUGCCAACAGGAUAAGGCCUAUUCACCAUCUGAAGCAUGUGAGAGUGAGAUUUCUGAGUCCCCAAUGAGCCCGGAUCGAGUUCCACAAACAGAAAAUGUUGAUAGUGUUAGUAAGCCUUCUCCAACCCAGCAAACUCAGCCAUGUCAUAUGCAGCCCAGACUGGUCCGCCAACAUAAUAUACAGGUACCUGAGAUUCGUGUCACGGAGGAGCCAGAUAAGCCUGAGAAAGAAAAAGAGGUGCAGAGUAAAGAGCAGGAAAGACCUACUGAAGAAUUCCAGUGGCCACAGAGAAGUGAAACUCUCUCUCAACUCCCAGCAGAAAAGCUCCCACCCAAGAAGAAACGCUUACGACUUGCUGAUAUGGAACACUCCUCCGGAGAAUCCAGCUUUGAAUCCACAGGCACUAGCCUGUCUCGGAGUCCCAGCCAAGAAAGUAAUUUGUCCCACAGUUCAAGUUUUUCAAUGUCUUUUGAAAGGGAAGAAAAUAUUAAAUUCAUCACGCCUUCCAAGCAGGAAGAGUUUGGAAAACAGUCCGAGUUUUUAACUGUUCCAGCUGGUGCUUACUCACUUUCCGUCCCUGGCCAUCACCAUCAGAAAGAAAUGAGACGUUGCUCAUCUGAACAGAUGCCAUGUCCUCACACUGCUGAAAUCCCAGAAAUCCGAAGUAAAUCCUUUGAUUAUGGGAAUCUGUCUCAUGCUUCUGCAGCAGGGGCACCUUCAGCAGCAUUAUCUCCCUCACGAGAAAGGAAGAAAUGCUUUCUGGUUCGCCAGGCAUCUUUUAGUGGUUUCCCAGAGAUUUCCCAGACUGAUCAAAGCAUGGAACAAACUAUAAAGCAAGAGCAGAUGGAACACAUGCAUGCUGGUCUUCGGUCCUCCCAAGUUGCUUGGCAUCAUUCCCCCUCCUCUAUGCUUCAGCCCAUUCAGUCAGAUGACUCUGGAAAGCAGGCUGUUGGCUCUUGUACACAACUCAGCAAUAGUUCAUCCCACCUUGCCCAGCAACAGGCCAUCCUCACAGACAGUCAGGAAAUGUUAAGGAAUCCCUUGAUUCAACAAGCACCUUAUAUUCCAAGCAAACAUCCCACAGAGCAGCAGCACUUAUUUGCACAUCAAGAAAAAGUUCCAUUUCCCGCCAUUCACAACACCUUGUUUCAGUUUCCAUAUCCUGCUGUCUGCAUGGUUCACUUACCAUCUCAGCCUCCUCUCUUGUGGCAGUCAUCAGAACCAUUGCAGAGACACUUCCAACAUCAUUUUGUACAACAGCUCCAGAAAUCCUAUGUUAAACCACCUUUCCAAACAGAAGUUUCUCCUGGCUAUCAUUUGGAGCAUGCUCAAGAGCAUAUUGGAAAGAAACCUGCUGAUUAUAUGCAUGCUAAAGAGCAAACAUACCAGCAUUACUCAGGAACAUCUGGACAGUAUUCAAAAAAUACUCUUGCUAAGUACCAACCAGACCAUAGGAUUAAAUCAGCAGACACAUCCCCUGAGCAACAUCUUCAGACAGGUUUUGACUCCUCAAAUGAUGGAUCUGUACAGUCUUUACCAGGAACAGUUGUUCCUGUCAGGAUUCAGACCCAUGUGCCAUCUUAUGGUAGUGUCAUGUAUACAAGUAUUUCCCAGGUCCUUGCACAGAGCAACAGCCCUGCUAUUGUCAUUUGCAAAGUCGAUGAGACUGUUUCUCAAAGAACAUUAGCAACAAAUGCUGCCAUGCAAGGAAUUGGAUUCAACAUAGCCCAGAUGUUAGGUCAGCAUGGAGGGUUAGAAAAGUAUCCUUUGUGGAAAGUACCACAGACUCUACCACUUGGCUUGGAAUCCUCCAUCCCGCUAUGUUUGACUUCAAGUUCUGACACUGCCUCUAACUUGGGAGGAAGCAAACGAAUGCUUUCACCAGCAAGCAGCUUGGAGCUCUUUAUGGAGACUAAACAGCAAAAAAGGGUCAAAGAAGAAAAAAUGUAUGGACAGAUUGUUGAGGAACUAAGUGCAGUAGAGUUAACUAAUUCUGAUAUAAAGAAGGAUUUUCCCAGACCACAAAAGCCUCAGCUAGUUAGGCAGAGCUGUGCUACUGAGCCAAAAGAAAAUCUGCCGUCCACGUCGUCCUCUUUACCACUGUCGUCCUCAUCAUCUCAAGAUUUCCAGUCUGUCAGCCUGCCAACAGGUGAUGCUUUCCCACUGGCCAGGGAACAGGUUUCCAGUUUUGAUUCAGCAUCACCUGGGCAAAAGUCCAGUGGCCCUUCCGAAGGAAGAGAGUCACCAGAAGAGCUGGAUGUGGAUGAAACAGCAUCAGAUAUGAGUAUGAGCCCGCAGAGGUCUAUGUUGCCAUUAGGAGACAUUCAGACAGAAGACCAACUGAAGCAGCAGAAAUUGCCUUUUGGGAUGUUGGUUCAGAUGGCAUCCAGUCCCAGUGGUAAAGCAACAGGCUCAACCAUCCUCCUAACAGAUGUAGCAGAUUUCCAGCACAUCUUUCAGUUCCCUAGUCUACGCACUACUACUACUGUGAGCUGGUGUUUCUUAAACUAUACAAAACCCAAUUACAUCCAACAAGCAACCCUUAAAUCUUCUGUGUAUGCAUCGUGGUGCAUUAGUUCAUGUAACCCAAACCCAUCAGGGUUAAGUACGAAGACCACUCUAGCACUUCUAAGGUCCAAGCAGAAAAACACCACAGAAAUUUACACUUUAGCUGCUAUGCAUAGACCUGGAGCUGGUAAACUGACAUCGUCAAGUGCAUGGAAACAGUUUGCUCAGGUGAAACAUGAACCAUUCUUCUUGUUUGGCAGCAAAUUUGAAAAGAAAGUAGUGGGGAAUAUUAUCAAAGAAAGAGUAAAAGGAGAAAGCCAUGGAGAUAAAGACAUUGCAUCCAAACAAACUGAACCGAUACGAAUUAAAAUCUUUGAAGGAGGGUAUAAAUCAAAUGAAGAUUAUGUAUAUGUUAGAGGCCGUGGGCGUGGAAAGUAUAUCUGUGAAGAAUGUGGGAUUCGCUGCAAAAAGCCAAGCAUGCUCAAAAAACAUAUCCGCACUCAUACUGAUGUACGGCCUUAUGUGUGCAAGCUGUGUAAUUUUGCCUUCAAAACUAAAGGGAAUCUGACAAAACAUAUGAAGUCUAAAGCACACAUGAAAAAAUGCCUGGAGCUCGGAGUAUCAAUGACAUCUGUGGAUGAUGCUGAAACCGAAGAAGCAGAAAAUAUGGAGGACAUGCACCAGGAAAUGGAGAAGAGUAGCAAUGUGGCAAGCAUAUCAAGUGAACACCAGUUCUCUGAUGCUGAGGAAUCAGAUGGCGAGGACGGAGAUGACAAUGAUGAUGAUGAUGAGGAGGAUGAUGAUUUUGAUGAUACCCAGGGAGACUCAACACCAAAAACAAGAUCAAGAAGCACCAGCCCUCAGCCCCCCAGAUUCUCUUCACUGUCAGUAAACUCUGCUGCGGCAUCUCAAGGGGUGUCCUCUGACACUUCCAUUUCAGUGGGACACACUUCCCUGAUCAGUUACUUGGUCACUUUACCUAGUAUUCAGGUAACCCAGCUCAUCACACCAAGUGACUCAUGUGAAGACUCACAGAUGACAGAAUAUCAGAGGUUUUUCCAGAAUAAAAGUACUGAUUCAGAGCCUGACAAAGACAGGUUGGACAUACCUAGCUGUAUGGAUGAGGAUUACAUGCUCUCACUAGACCCCAGCUCAUCUCCAAGGGACCUCUCACCUUCCAGCCAUCAGUCCUCACCAGGGUAUGAUUCUUCACCAUAUAGAGAUAAUUCACCAAAGAGGUAUUUAAUGCCCAAAGGAGAUCUGUCACCCAGAAGACAUUUAUCACCCAGGAGAGAUAUUUCACCCAUGAGACAUCUUUCCCCAAGGAAGGAAGCUGUGUUGAGGAGGGAGUUAUCUCCAAGACGGGAUGUUUCACCGAGACGUCAUCUGUCACCAAGGAGACCAAUGUCACCUGGGAAAGACACAUCUGUCAGAAGAGACCUGUCUCCAAGGAGAGAGAGAAGAUAUAUGGCCUCAGUUCGAGCAGCAUCACCCAGGAGGGGUUUAUACCAUAAUCCAGCAUUGUCUAUGGGUCAAUAUUUACAGUCUGAAUCUGUUCCACUGGGACAUGGAAGAAGGGGGUUGUCUCAGGGUCCUUACUUCAAUAUGUACGGAGAAAAAGGCGUUCCGGAACAUCACGGGUCUAGCCUGUUCCCUGAAGGUCCUAAUGACUACAUCUUCAGUCACCUUCCACUACACUCCCAGCAACAAAUCCGAGCACCUAUCCCUAUGAUGCCUAUUGGAGGCAUCCAGAUGGUCCAUUCGGUACCUGUGGCCCUGUCAGGUUUACAUCCUCCGUCCACCUUACCCCUGCAGAGAGAGGGCUCUGAGGAAAAGCAAAGAUUAACUUCAGAAACACUUACAAAAGAAUCCUAUAGCAUUUCUAAACACCACGAGAAACGUACCUCUCCUCACAAUGCUUCAUCCAGUGUAUCCUCUUCGCUACUAUUGUUGAAACAAAGCACUUCAGAAGAUGGUUUAGUAGCUACUGAGAGGGAACAGGAGGAAAAUAUACAGACUUGUACAAAAGCCAUAGCUUCUCUGCGAAUCGCCACAGAAGAAGCUGUUCUGCAUGGGGUGGAGCAGCCGCAGAGGGCUUCUGAGCCUCAUCAGAAACCCUUAGAAAGUGCACAUUUUAGCAUUAAACACUUUAGUGGAUCUGAGCCAGGCCAGCCCUGUGCCUCAGCCACCCAUCCUGACUUGCACGGUGGUGAAAAGGACAUUUUUGGUACAUCACAGACUGCGUUAGCUCAUUCCACCUUUUACAACAAGAGCUUUGUGGAUGUCAGACAGUUAGGCUUUCACAGUAGGAAAGAAUCCCCAUCAAGCACACAGGAAAGGAAAGAUCCAUCAUCUGAGAAGAGCAAACUGCAUUGAUACAAGAUGAGUGGAGACUUUUACCCAUACAUUUACCCUUUUUUCUUUCCUAGAGAUAGAAGAAGUAUUCAACUUUACAGCAUGCCUGGUCUAAAUUACAGUAGUUUGCUAUUAUAUAUACUUUUGUUAUAUCAAAAGAAUUAGUUAAAAUAACAAGUCAUCAUGAGCCUGACCAAAAUGAAAUUUGAAAUUCUUAUUGGGUCUGGUACUUUUAAAUUGUACAGAUGUUUGUGCCUUUUCUUUACUUUGCUUAUAUUCUUAUAAGCAUUUUUUUAGCAGUAAUUUGUACAUAUUUUAGAAUUUGUGUAUCUGCUUUGUAAUAAAUGUAAUUUCUUUCCUUUUUUGGACACUUGGAUCUAAAUGAUGUAAAGCAAAACAGCAUCAAUAUAUAUGUGAGGUUGCACUAAAACAUAUUUUUAUAUGAUUAAAACUGAACAGCUUUUAUGUACAGCUCUGAUUCUGUAAUACUAAUAUUUAUUUACUUUGUUUCAUAAAUUGUAAAUUUUUUUCUUAAUGUUGUGGAUUGCUUUUCUAUGUGAAGCAUGGGAUUUACUGUUGCGUAAUUAGAACAAAAAUGUAUAUUGUAAACAAGAUAUUUAAACUAGAGUAUCUUAUCUUAUUCUGCACUUAUGCAUUAGUUAAAGAAAAGAUAAAGGAUGUAUCAGUCAGUUCUUAACUCUUGUAAUUUUUUUUGUCUCUUGUUUGCUGGAUUGACUCUAACUUAAGUGCUGAUUGUGAUUUUAAACUGAUAGUACCGUAAAGCAUUAAAGUAAAACAAUGUGCUAUUGUGAGUUUUUUCAAAGCUUUAUAAAACAGUUAUAAAUAUAUUAAAAAUAUUUGGUCUUAUGUGAA